GACAAUGAAGCAUUGUAUAGUGAUCAGUUACACCUCUCAUGCGAAAGCUUCAUAUUCCUUUUGAGAAAAAUGCAGGCGUGUGCAGGUCGAAUAAGAAAUUAAUCCUUAUUGCUGUGUAAGGCAUCCUCAGACCGUUGCCAAUUUUUGGAAUGAGCGAUAGGUUUCUCUUGAAAACGUGGGUGUGUGCAGGUUGGUGAAGUGAUGAACCCUCAAAGCUGUUUUCCACGUUAGAGAUAAUUUUCGCACACACUUGAAACUGACGAUUCUUGAAGAGAUAAUCUUACGCUCAAUCUCUCUCUCUCCCUCCAAGAAAGCGUAGGUGUGCACUCGAGUGAUUGAGGGAUGGUCAAAUUUUGUUGAGAGGGAGGAGAUUUUGAAAAUUCCGGUGGGAAGUGUCUAAGGGAGGUUCUAUGAGAAGAAAGUGGAAAUUUUUCGGCAAUUCGAAGGACUUUUGGCAAUUGAAGUGGAAAGGGAAGCUUCGCUGUCCACCGUAUUUAAGGACCCGGUGCAUGCUUCGUCAGUCAAUUCACUCCUCGUUUCCAAGUUCAUUCGGCAAAAUAGUGAAAAGUGUUCUCCCGCCUUCGAGUAUAACCCCUCAAGAUACACCGGAGUCAGGAUUUUUCUUGCAAGCUGACAAGAAAAUGUCACCGAAGAAGCUAAAUUCAUCAAUGCAGCCUUCUCGAAGCCGACGGAGUCUGCAGGUCGCCCAGGAGCGUAUACGUUGGCUGGUCGCCAACGCACCAACUCUCCUAACAAUGCUCGACUACGUCUCCUGGGCAAUGGACGUGGUCGAAACACUGCCACAACCACCAAAUGCUGCUUUGCAGCAAUUAGCACCGCGACGAUCUCCGACGGCUGACCUGCCACGACGAUCUCCGGCGGCUAACCUGCCACGACGAUCCCCGGUGGCUGACCUGCCACAACGAUCCCCGGUGGCUGACCAGCCUCGACGAUCCUCGACGGCUGAGCAGUCGCAGAGAUCUUCGACGGCUGAGCAUCCUCGACGAUCCUCGGCGGCUGACCCGGCGCAGCGAUCUCCGACGGCUGACCCGCCACGGCGAUCCCCAAUGGCUGAGCAGCCUCAGAGAUCUUCGAUGGCUGAGCAUCCUCGACGAUCCUCGGCGGCUAAUCCGGCGCAGCGAUCCCCAAUGGCUGAGCAGCCUCAGAGAUCUUCGACGGCUGAGCAUCCUCGACGAUCCUCGGCGGCUGACCCGGAGCAGCGAUCUCCGACGGCUGACCCGCCACGGCGAUCCCCAAUGGCUGAGCAGCCUCAGAGAUCUUCGACGGCUGAGCAGCCUCGGCAAUCUCAAACAGCUGAGCAGCCUCGACAAUCUUCGGUGACCCGAAGAAGACGGUCUCGGUCGAGCUCAAGUUCUAGCUCGAGUUCGAGCUCGAGUUCGAGCUCUAGUUCGAGCUCUAGUUCGAGCUCCAGCUCUAGCGGAACAUCAUCUAGUAGCGCAUCAUGUACAUCUGUUAAAAGUAUACGCGAUCUCAAGCCGAUUCCUAAGAUCGCGUCCUCGAAUAUGAAGAGAAAAGUAAAUGAUCAAAAAGGCAACGAGCAGAAGAAGAAAAAGGCAGGAGAGAGAGAGACGUCACCAAAACCAGGAACAUCUACAAUGACUUCAGAGGUUACGAGACCAGUACCGAGACGUGGUAUUUUGCAAUUGAAAAGGACUGAUAGUAAACAGCAGCAGCAACACCAGCAACACCAGCCACAGCAGCAGCAACACCAGCAACACCAGCAGCAACAGCAACAACAUGUAAAUAAAUAA